AUGCAUGAUCACAGUUGGGAAAUAGUGGCUGGAGAUUUAAUAAAGUUCACAUAUGGUGAAAUGGCACGCGUGACAAGAAACUUUGGAGAUCACAUAAGCUUGGGCAAGGAUGGAUUUGGAAAGCUUUACAAAGGUUGGGUCGAUAAAAUGACAUAUUCCCCAUGUAAGGAUGAUACCGGUUUGCCCGUUGUCGUUAGGAAACUUUUUCAGUACAGACAUUUUGACCUAGAAAUGAUGAAGAAAAACUACCGUCAUCCAAACCUUGUUAAACUCAUAGGAUACUGCUUGGAAGGUGAAAAGCUCUUACUUGUGCAUGAAUUCAUGCAUAACGGAAACUUUGAUGAGCUCCUUGGUAGUGGAGCUGUAGCACGACUUUCGUUGGCUACAAAGGUGAAAAUAGCAGUAGGAAUUGCUCGAGGAAUUGUUUUCUUGAACAACAUGGAAAAUUUCAGUGAGUCUGGGCUAUACAGAUACAAGAUAAUGCUUGACAAGGAAUUUACGGCGAAGCUUUCAGAUUAUGACGUUACUAAGAUAGUAUACGGUUACUGUACAUGUGCGUAUGAUAAAGGGGAUCCUAGCUACUAUUAUCCCGGGUGUGGACCCUUGCUGCUACAGAGCAAUCUCUCCGGUUUUGAAGUGGUAUUCGCGGAGAUUCUAACAGGGAAGCGAAUCUUCCUUGAAAAAGAAAAUUGGUUGGAAUUUGAAGAAAACUACUACUAUAAAAAUCUUGCAAAAAUAUGUUAUACAAGUUGCAAUGAUAUGGAUUCAGAAUCACGGAUGCUAACAAUUUUGAAGGAGUUUGACAAGAUGCAAUCAGGGCCGGAACUGAUAAUCACUGAUAAUUGA